AAAUUAUUUUAUAGAUUUGAAAUUUUUAUCGUUUAAUUUAUUCUUAAUGUAUACUUUUAAACUUCCUAAUUAUCCAUCAGAACAUGUUCAUAUAGCACUCUAUAUUAAUAUUAAAAAUUUACACUAUAUAAAAAAUUUGGUUGUGUCUGGAAAUCUUGGUUUUCAAUACACUUUUAUUGAUGCUUCAACUAUAAUUUCAUUUUAUCAAAUUUUGGCAGCAGUACAUAAUUCUAUUAGAAAUUGUAAAGAGAAUGAGCUAAGAACUAAAAACAUUUAUUCUGAAAUAAUCUAUUCAUUAUCAUCUACAUUAAACAUUACUGAUGCUUUUGAAAAAUUUGGUAUAACUGAUAAAACAGAAAAUCUUAUUGUUAUUAAAAUUGGUGGUAAAAAAGAACAAGCUGAAGAAGAGCUUAAAAAAAUAAUAAAUGGAACGGAAAUAGAACCCAAUGAUUCUAAUAUUGAAAAGAUACGUGAUAUGACAAAAAUUUAUAAGAAUUAUAAAUUAAAUGAAAAUGAAAAAUAUGAUAAUUUAUCAGAAGUUAUUAAGAUAAUAAUAAGUUCCAUGGCAAUGAAAUCUGUUAUUUAGGGAUUUUAAAUAUUAG